CAGUUGGAAUUUUGGAAGUUUUCUUGAAAAGUGCCUUCUUAUAAAAGUGAAUUGGUAGUUAUGCGGUGGAUAGGCUCAAGGAUGUUUAUAGUGAACGCGAGGACCAGCGAGGGCCGAGCCUCUCUGGGCCGAGCGGCCCGAGCCUCGCCGAGACUUGGAUCCGGGCGAGCGAAACGAGAAAAAGAAAACUUGCCUUUAAAAGUAAAUUGGCAUUAUAAUGCGCCGGGAACAAAUCGUAUGAAGGGCGAGACAUAAAAAUCGCCUAUCCGUAAGAUUUAUUAAUUUCUAUCAAAGCGCAUAGUGUAAUUUGAGCGAGGGCUUAAGAAGACUCCGCCGCCACGCUUCUCUGAGGGCGUACCGCGUGUACCCUACUUUAACCAAAAUAUUUCUAAGCUGAUUCUUCUUUGAUUAAGGGUUGGUAUUGCGAAAGUGCGGUGAAAGAACCAGGAAAGAACUUCGCAGGCUCCUUGAUAUUCAGCGAACGUAUGGAAUGUCCGUUUACCUUCCAACGUGCGUAGCCUCAGUUGGAAUUUCUUGAUCCCAGAGUUUAUAUUAUUAUUAUUAAUAUUCUCAUAUUCUGUUGUAUCAAUUUUUAAAAUAUAUUUAGUGAUAAUAUCGGUACAAAUUAGAUCCCUUGUGAAAACUCCCUAACCUCCAACUGCACUCCCUGAACUGUCACACGACUCGUGACACGGGACAUUUCUAGCUUGCACUCCAUAUGAUCGGAGAGAAAUUUCGCAAAGUGAUGCGGUCUAAUACAAUGCUAAAAUGUUUUAGAAUCUGUCAAAAUAAUCGUUCACUGAUCUGAACGAAACAUCAUAUUCGGAUCAUGGUGUAAGAAACGAUUUCUUACAUCAUAGUGCAGGUGCAGAUCAUGUGAGACGGUAUCUACCAAGGACAAAUAUUCUUUUGGGAGCAGCUUUGGGAACCACCUACCUUGUUGGUCCUUAAUAUAGAAAGUGGAACGUAGCAGUGAAGAUGUUGACGUAUAUCGGCAACUAUUGAAUGGUAUCAGCUCGUGGGUUAUGUGUUUAUGUCACUUUGGUGACAGUGCAUUGCAAUGGCAGAAUCAAAUCUCAGUGCACCAGGAAAUGCAAACAAUCAAUCUCAGAUCGACUUGCCAAUCGAGAUUUUGAUAUAUAUAAUGGAAUACUUACCACUAAGUGACCGAAUAAUAGCCAGUCAAGUUUGUCGAGCUUGGUAUGAAGCAUCACAAGAUCAAAAACUGCACAAGGAAGAAAUAGUAGUACUUCAAGAAAACAUAACUCGACAAUUAGGAUGUCUUCUAAAUAGCACAACUAGUUUUCAAAAUUUUUAUUUCAGAGAUGUGGAAUUGGAUGCUAAAUUAAUUCCCUUUUGGGAAAAGUACUGCCCCAAAAUGAAAUAUCUUUACUUGGAAAGUUGUGUAGUAACAGAAAGAAUGUUUGUAGAAAUUUUGUCCAGUUGUUGUCAUUUGGAAAACUUAAUGAUAAAUGAUUGCCAUGAACUGAUGAUGACUGGUCGUGUGUUAGAAUUAGAAUUAGAUGUUUUGAAACUAAGAAAAGCACUUGUAAAUUUGAAAGGAUUGAGCAUUACUCAUAAUAGAUAUAUGUCUGAUGCCAUUUUUUAUCGUUUUGUUUCUACAGCUCCAAAUCUUCAUGAAUUAGAUUUAACAGGAUGUCAAAUAUCUUAUCACAUGGGACUUUACAAGAAAUUUUAUCCACCUCAUGUGGUUGAUGAGAGUAACCUUGUGUUGUCUGAAACCGUUUUUACAUUCAAUGUUAUACUAAAAUUCAUAAGAGAACAAGCUCAGAAAAUCAAAGUCUUGAAGUUGGGGCAGACUCUUGUAGAUAACUCUGCCUUAUCACAGUUAGGAAGUGUACAUGGAUUGAAUCUGAAAGCUAUAUACCUUGAGUCUUGCAAUCAGUUAACUAACAUUGGUCUCACCAACCUCGUAAGUGUCCAGAAAUCUCUCACUUGCUUAGAUCUGAGUGGUUGUUCACGACUAACAGAUCAUGCACUCAUAGCAAUUUGUCAUAAUCUUGUCAAUUUGACUUCUUUAAGUAUUCAAAACUGUAGGGCUGUCACAGACAUAGGAGUUGCGGAGCUUGCUAGACUAGAAAAACUCAAGUGUAUUAAUUUAUCACAAUGUGAAAUGGUGACUGGACAAGGUGUCACAUCUGGAUUGUGCCAAAAAAUUAAUAGGCAAAUGCAGAACCUGCACUUGGGUGCACUUCAGAUGGAUGAAGAAUCAGUAUGUAAAAUAGCAACAAAUCUGCCAUGUUUGAGACAUUUGGAUCUUAGUUGGUGUUUCAGUGCUGUAACUGACAGAUCUAUGCAAGUCAUCUGUGAAUACCUGCUGUCUUUAAAUACUCUGGAAUUAGCAUCUUGCAACAAGAUAAGUGAUGCUGGAAUUACGGGUAUGACUGCAAAUGAAACAAUUUCUGACUCUGCUUUGGAAGCAUCGUCAGCUUUUGAUGAAUAUCCUGAUCCUCUUCAUAAAAUCAAUUUAAGAUCUCGUGCUGAGAAAGAAAUUGUUAAUGAUGCUAAAAGAAAGCAGGCAGUUCUCCAUAAGAUCACUUAUAACGACGAGUCUCAAGGAAUGUGUCUAGUGAGGAUACAAGGUCUGCAAAAAAUUGAUCUUUCAGGUUGUAAUCGUGUCACUGAUGUUGGUUUGUUGUACGCUUUUAAUUUUCCUGCACUCCAAUACUUAGACCUGAGCCGAUGUCAGCAGAUUACAGCAAUUGGGCUUGCUGCUCUGUCAGAAAAUAAUCCCAGUCUUAAAACACUUGUUAUGAAUUCGUGUUUUAAUAUAACUGAUACUGGUAUAUUGUCAGUUGUGAAAGGACUAAAGAGGCUUAAACAUUUGGACAUUCAAGGUUGCAGACAGCUUACAGAUGCAAGUUUGAUUGCAAUAGGCCAACAUUGCCAAUGUUUGCUGUACCUCAAUGUGAACAGUUGUAUAGAAAUGACUGUAGCUACAGUUCUUGAGAUGGAGAAGAAAUUGGAAACCCUUCGAACUCUGUAUUCUGUAGGUUUAAAAACUGAAUCUAGUAUAGGAGAAAACUUUGGCUGUAGUUCUGCACCACCACCUCCUCCUUGGAAGAAACAUAGUGCAAGAUAACAAAAGUACUCUAAAGUGAGAAUAAUUUCUUACUAGCGAUCUACCUUUCUGUGAUAUACUACCAUACCAUCUUGUCCCUUUAACUGACCCUGAAGUCAUGGGAUCAUGGAUCACAAGUACAUAAUGAAAGAAGGGAACAAGGGGCUUAUUUGUCCCAAAGUUUGAAUGUAUGUGGUUGAACUAUCUGUAUUUUGUGUGCUUCAAGUUUUGGUGUUUAAUAUUUCUUCAAGUACACAAUAUUAUGCUUGAAAGUGUGAGAAUAACCACGUUAGUUUGAGUAUGAAGAGUUUGGGAGAUGUUUGAUUUGCAAGUGAUGAAAGUAUAUCAAAUUCUUUGAGAAACUUUAGAAGCAGUGUAUGCUUCCUUGAUAAUUCCAUUGUAAGUCAGUUUCUGCAUUAAAUUCAACGGGUCCACUUUGUUUUGUUUUGCUUCUGUCCAGCCCUGCCCCCUUUACCCUUUGACUGUUCUGCACAUGUUGACACACAGAAAAUUUCCACACCUGAAGGCCUCUGUACAUGUUUGUGUAUGCAAUGGGACGUUUUGAUGUACAUGUGUUCUGGUUCAAUGGCCUCACAUUUGGGGUUUUGCUACAACACGAAUGCUUAUUCUCUAGUUUAGUG